CGAAGACCGGCAUGGCGCCGCCUCGGCAGUGUCGGGUCUUGCGGUGCUGUAGCUGCGGCCUCUUUCAGGCGCACCAGUUGUCAAACUGAUCCUAAAAUUUAUAUAGAAAUGGAAAGAACCUAGAAUUGCCAAAACAAUUUUGAAAACAACAAAGUUGAAGGAAUUCUACAACCUGACCCAAGAUGUUAUUGUAAUGCCACAGGAAUUGAGACAGUGUGGUAUUGGCGAAAGGCUAGACCUACAUAUACGUCAAAAGAAUCACCCUUUAAAGAAGCAGUUCCUGGUGAGGUCUCCGGAAGCACCUACAAACUCUAGCAGUGAAGAAACUGCAGGUCCUCAGCAGGGGGAGCAUGCAUGUCCACAGGCCUGCCUAGAAAAAGGUGCCAAGCUAGUCACUAACCCAGCCUGGGCCCCGUACCCACGGUGGUUCACAGAUGGGGGAGUGGUGAGCGGCCUCCCCCUGGCGGCUUGGGAGGAGCCUGAUUGGCGAGAGCCAGGGGCGCGGUCCCAUCGGGCCCUCCUCACCUUGCCAGCACCAGAUGCUGCCAUGCAGAGGAAGUGGAGCCAAAGUAGGGGCCAGCCUCCACGCAGCCCUGACACCCAGGACUCCAGCGACUGUGAAGUGACCUUAGAGCCCCAGGAGGAGCAUGCUGGCCUGGCAGGGGUCAGAGGAGGACACAGGCACGAGGACUGGGACACCAGGGAGCUGACUGCUCCACCAGGGGAGCCACCAUGUCCUGCCCAGCAUGCCAGGUCCACAUCUUCUAAGUGGGAGCCAUUUCUUCUGACACCUGCAAACAGCCCACGUGUGGAGAAAGGGCUCCCUAGGACCCAGACCCCAAGGGAAGGGCACCUCAGCAGGCCCCUCCAUGUGUCUCAGCUCCCUGGGGCCACACACUCUUCCGCAUCAUGGGGCAUAGAUCCUCUCACUAAAGGGGUCAGUGGGACACGGGAGCUUCUGCCGAUGCAACUACAUGACCUCUUCACAACUGGUGAGGACUUCAAUGUCAACCUGUGGAACUAGCGUGUCACCAAUGCAGAUUUGUUAUGUGAACCCUUC